GAAACUGUUGGGCUGUUGUGUGUUUCGUCUUUUUUCUGUGAGUACAUACGGUGAAAUGGCAGAAGCCAGUAUUUCAGUGGUUCCGGACCGGUUUAUCUGUUCAAUCUGUCUGGAUCUACUGAAAGAUCCAGUGACCAUUCCCUGUGGACACAGUUACUGUAUGAGCUGUAUUACAGACUGCUGGAAUCAGAAGAGAAACUACAGCUGCCCUCAGUGCAGACAGACCUUUACUACAAGACCUGAUUUAGGUAAAAACACCAUGCUGGAUGAAGUGGUAGAGAAACUGAAGAAGACAAAACUACAACCUGCUGCCACUGGACGACUUCAGCAGAUGAUCUGCCCUCAACAUGAGAAACUUUUAGAGAUUUACUGUAAAACUGAUCAGCUCUGUAUAUGUUAUCUGUGUAUGGUGGGAAAGCACAAGAAUCACAACACUAUACCAGCUAAAGAAGAAAGGACUAAGAAACAGAAAGAACUGAAGAAGACACAGAGAAAAUACCAGCAGAGAAUCCAGGAGAGUCAGAAGAAGCUUCAGGAGCUGAGAGAUGCUGUGGAGACUCAUAAGCGCUCUGCAAAGACAGCAGUGGAUGACACUGAGAGGAUCCGAUCCAUUGAGAGAAGACGAUCUGAGGUGACACAACUGAUCAGAGAUCAGGAAAAGACUGCAGUGAGUGAAGCUGAAGGACUCUUGAAGCGACUGGAGCAGGAGAUUGAUGAUCUGAGGAGGAGAGACGCUGAGCUGGAGAAACUUUUACACACAGAUGAUCACAUCCAUUUCCUCCAGAGUUUUCAGUCUCUCUCUGUUCCUCCUGGAUCUUCAGACUCACUCAGCAUCACUGUCAGCUCUCUCAUCUCUUUUGAUGAUGUAGGAAAAUCUGUGUCUCAUCUGAGAGAGAAACUGGAGGAUUUCUGUAAAGAAGAGAUAGAAAAGAUAUUUGAUAAAAGUAAAGCACUUGCACCUGAGACCAGGGAGCAGUUCCUAAAAUAUUAUCAUCACUUCACUGCAGAUCCAAACACAGCAUAUAAACAUCUCUGUCUGUAUGAGGGGAACAAAGUGAUUACUAAAACUAACACAGCCCAGCCGUAUCCUCAUCAUCCAGACAGAUUUACUGGUUAUCCUCAGGUGUUGUGUAGUGAGAGUUUGAGUGGACGCUGUUACUGGGAGGUUGAGUGGAGAGGUAAUGUGGAUAUAUCAGUGUCAUAUAAGAGCAUCAGCAGGAAGGGAGAGGGUGAUGAGUGUUUGUUUGGAUUUAAUGAUCAGUCCUGGAGUUUGUGCUGCUGUAACUCCAGAUAUUUAUUCAGGCACAAUAAGAUUGUGACUAAACUCCCUGUAGUGUCCAGAUCUUCUAGAAUAGGAGUUUAUGUGGAUCACAGUUCAGGAUCUCUGUCCUUCUACAGCGUCUCUGACACAAUGACCCUCAUCCACAGAGUCAACACCACAUUCACUAAACCUCUCUAUCCUGGGUUUUAUGUUGAUCUUGGAUCAGUGAAACUGUGUGAUAUAACAAUAUAGAUGAACAGAGAGUCUACAAUUAUAUUGUUACAUACAUUGAACUCAAAAGUGUAUAGAAAUCUUCACACUGCAUCUAGUAAUGAUUGUAAAGUAUACAGGACUAUAAAGUCAUCAAUGACUAUAACAGCACAAACAGCACCUCACGGUGUAUAUGUUUUUCCAUGCAGGAUUGCGUUACAUUCAGUGACCCAACUGUGUACAUUUAUUGUGCAAAUGUUUAUUAUAAAUUCACUGAUAUUUUAGAAACUAAAAAUAGUAAAUACUGCAGUAGUACUUUAUGUUAGCUCUAGUGCUGUUUGAAUGUUUUUCUUACAGCACUUUGUUGUAUUUUGUUGCUUUAUUCAGUAAAUUUUUGUAUUGAUGGUUAAACUGAGUCUCUCAUUCAGUCUUGUGUUUAUUUUUGGACUCUUGAUUUAUCAGCAGAUUCAGGUGAAUGUAACAGCUUGAUAAACACAAAUGUAGAUGUGUCUGUAUGAUGCUGUCACAUAGUGGAUGUGUUUAUUUUCUCAUUGACAUCUGUUUGUACAACAGUGUUGCUAUUGUCAGUAUAUUAAAAACAACUUUGUUAUUGACUUUUUGAGGCAUUAGAGGAUUUGUGUAAAAGUGCAGUGAUAUAUCAAUAAUGUGUUUAGCAAAACAGUGUAUACACAAUUCACUUGGUAUUUAUUGAAGCCUGGCCACAAUUUAUUUAACAUAUUUGUCUUCAUAAUUUAAACAAGCUGCUGUAAGGGGAAAACCACCUGUUGGCCAAAAUAUCAGAAAACCAAUCGGUAUGGCGAAGGGUCCUUGUGCUCGCUUUGCUCCUGUGCUCGCUGAUGACGUUUUAACGUUACGUAAUUUAAGUAAUUUUAUCUGACUCCUAAAGAUAAAAUCUUGUUAUUUGUAAUAUGAAUCAAAUAGAUAAUUGUGGAAUUUUGAUAAAUGUUUGAUCUUUUUUUUUUGACUUAUUAUUAUUUUGACUCGUUCAGUUGAAUCGCUUAGAAUCCUUACAUCAGUCGCUGCAGGUUCUCAAUCACAAACUCAACCAUGCAACUAGCAUACCUGUCAAGUAUCCCGUUUUGGCCGGGAAAGUCCCGUAUUUUACCCUUCUUUCCCGCCGUCCUCCCGUAUUAGUAUUUUCCCGUAAAUCUCCCGUAUUUUAACGAAAUUACAAAAAUAAUAAUGCCCGGGCAGAGUAAUAAAAAUUAUUCCCAAUCCCAGAUUGCUAAAUAUCCCAAUAGUGUCUGUCUGCGGAGUGCAAGAGAGGGGCAUGCCGUUAAGCGGCGUAACUUUUAGCAGGGGCGGAAAUUUAAGUUGUCCAAGUCACACAGAAUCCCGCGAGAUGUCCGACUUCCGCUAAACUGACACGGCACAUCCGAUAGCUAGUAAUAGUAAGACGAUUGUUUAUAGCUCUCUUUCAACUUUAGCGUAAUGAAAAAUAACGUUACUGCCGUAAAUGUUUUAAAUUGAGGGCACGGAGGAAGCUUCAUAAGACUUUCAUUACUUUUUUUAAGUAAAUGUGCACCUCAGACAGUUUAAUAUGUAUUAAACCAAGAUGAAAUUCAUUUGCAAACUUGCAAACUUAAUUCUUUUUAAGUUUUAAGAGGAAUCUACAGAGCUCACGUGGUUUUAUAAGAAAUGGCUAACAGAUAACAUCUGGUGAUAUUGUGAAGGUUUAUAAAAAUAACUAUUCACAACAGGUAACAUUGUAAAGGUGUAUAAAAAUAACUAUUCACAA